AUGGGGGACAAUGGGGGACGAUGGGAGACGAUGGGAGACGAUGGGAGACGAUGGGGGACGAUGGGAGACGAUGGGAGACGAUGGGAGACGAUGGGGGACGAUGGGAGACGAUGGGAGACGAUGGGGGACGAUGGGAGACGAUGGGAGACGAUGGGGGACGAUGGGAGACGAUGGGAGACGAUGGGGGACGAUGGGAGACGAUGGGAGACGAUGGGGGACGAUGGGAGACGAUGGGAGACGAUGGGGGACGAUGGGAGACGAUGGGAGACGAUGGGGGACGACCGACGGGGUGGCGCGCGAUCGAUUCUUUAG